AUGCCGCCGCCGCGCGCGCGCGCCGCGCCGCCGCCGCCGAUCCUUGCGCGCCGCGCCGCGGACGUGCGCCCGGCCGGCCGCCCGCACACGCCGCCCGCCAGAGCUUGCGCGCACACGCCGCCCGCCAGACGCCGCCCGCGCGCCAGAAAGGAGAGAUGCGAGUUCAUCCACUCCAAGUUCAAGUCCAUGCACUCUCUCCUUUGGGCGAUAUGGGAGAGGGAGGACGGUGAUGCGGCAUCCAAGGAGUUGAGGAUGGAAGCCUGGGAUCUCGCCGACGACACGGACGACGCCGUCGACGACUUCGUCCUCACUCUACAGAAGCACAUCACCAAGGGUCGCAUCCAGCCCAAGACCAAGGAAAGGCCCUUCCUGGAUCUCAAGAAGAGAGCCGGUGAUGUGUGGAAGCGGUGCCGCCGCCAGUGGAAGAAGGAGACUACUCCGCAAAUCAUCCCCAGCUUAUUUUCAGCGAAGAAAGCCACCGCCUCCAAACCUCGAGCUCAUCCCUUUGUCCGCAAGGACGCGGCAGAGCUCGUGUGUAUGGAAGAACCGAGGGAUGAGCUCGUUCUACACCUGGUAGGAAAGGAGGAGAGCACACCAAUGGAGCUGCAGCUCAAAAUGGCAUCCAUUGUUGGAAUGGCUGGGAUGGGGAAAACUACUCUUGCACGCCUUGUGUAUGAGGCGAUUGGAAAUAAGUUCCAGGUCCGGGCUUUUGUGUCAGUCAAUCCUGGUGGUAACAUCAAGGAGGUUCUCGCAAGUAUUCUCGAACAAGUUGGAGCUGAUAGUACUGCACAAUUUGCUGGCACCCAAGCUGCUACCGAAGUAGAACAUCUCAUCCAUGCCAUAUCGAAUUGUCUCAAGGACCAAAGGUAA